AUGGACUCAGUGCCCACUGGUCCCGUCGAUGUCCUUGCCUGGCAACGGGCGCACGCCGAACGCUGUUGCCAACUCGCUGCUGCGUGCCUCGUGGUGUAUGAACACAUCCUACAAUUCGAUAAGGAGGUCGCGUAUUUCUGGCGCAAGAGGUGGUCCGUCGGGAAGGUCUUAUUUCUUUGGAGUCGGUACUUCACAAUGGCCUUCGUCAUCGGAAAUGCUGCAGUAUUCUUGAACCCCCAUCCGAGCGCAGAGAAUACUGGCGCUGCACUCCAAGUCAUCACAACUCACCUCGUCCUAGAGAUGCGUCUGUACGCCAUGUGGAGGAGUAACCGUAUAGUCAUCGGCAUUCUCAUUUGUCUCGUUCUUAUGGAGUGCACCACCAUAGGCGUGUUAUUCGGUACACCGAAUGGCUAUGGGCUUAACCAGGCUGGUACCGGAGUCUUCAUCUGUGCCGAUGGAGACACGCCCGGAAAACCGUGGAUCGUGUUCUACUAUACUGUCAUUUUGAUUACCGAAGUUACGCUGUUGACCUUGAGUGUAAUCAAGGCUUGGAUGCAUCGCAAGGCAGUGAUGAAGUCCGGGCUUUUGGUUGUCUUGACGAAGGACUCCGUCUACUACUUCCUCUAUCUAUUCUGGGUUUACCUGCUGAAUGAGGUGAUUUGGGUCAUCGACGUUGCCUCUCUCAACGAGCUCGCAACCGGCUUCGCAUUCUCUAUAUCGGCAGUAUUCGCCAACCGCCUCAUGAUUUCGCUUCGAGAGACGUAUUACAAACAUCAAGAGGCAUCGCGGACCUCAGCCUUCAGGCCCGGAAGUAACCUGCGUUUCCGCCCCGCACUGCCGAGAGCAACGUCUACCAGCUUUCCCACGACUGAUGAGGACCUCAGCACGUCAGGACAGAUCGAAGAAGAGAUCGGCCCAGAAGGUAUAGAGGAAGGCGUCAUCAGCAAGUUUGCGGAGGAUAUUGAACUGCAGAGUUUCAAUGAACGAGUCGGAUUCUGA